CUGGAAGGAGACAUGAAGAAAGAAGCCAUGCAGCAAGCACAACUUGAUGCCUCACAGAUUAGAAAAGAAGGGUCCAAAGUUGACAUCGGACCUUUCUAUGGACUUCCCGCCAAAGUGCAACUUUUGUUUGAAAAUAAAAGGAGCAUUAAAAAACUUUAUGGUAAGUUUUUAUGUUCAUAAUUUUGAUGUCUUGAAUUUGUGCCUAUGUCACAGAGAAUUUCUUAAAGUGAUGAUAUAGGAAUGUCUUAAACUUGUGCAUAAUAUUUGGCACUUGUGAAAAGUCUGUGAAAUCUAAUAUCCAAGAAUUAUAUGAAAGUUAAUGUAAUUGUUAGUUCUAACAGCUGUGACAAUGAAUUCUUUAAGAAAAAUAUAGUUUAAUUGUAAUUGGUAAAUUUGUUGUUGAAAUGUUUUAAAUGUUGAAAACAUUAAAUUAAAAGUGCUAAAACAAGUGGGAUGUAAGUCUCACCUAAGGAAGUCAAUAGAAGUCAAGAGUAAAUAGAAACUUUUAAAAAUUUGUGUAUAACUUUGAAUUAUUUUAUCAAAUUAGCAGAUAUCAAGUAUAGUUUACACUAGUAAUUAAAAUAUUAAAUUAAAUAUUUGAAAACCCAGACUGGCAGAAUGAGUGUUUACAACUGAAGGCUGUGAAGGAACACAGAAACCUUAUUUACAGUCUGCCCACCAGUGGCGGGAAGACUCUAGUGGCAGAGGUCCUCAUCAUGAGGGAGCUGCUGUGUUAUGAAAAAGACACACUGCUAAUUUUACCUUUUGUUUCCAUCGUUCAAGAAAAGGUUAGACCAGUUAUUUGUAUGUGUAUUUUUAAAUAUUUUUUUUAACUCAUCAUAAAUAAAAUGAAACCAGUAAAAAGCUAAUUUUAAAAAAAAAACAAUAUCAUAGCAGUUUUUAAAAAAAUAUUAAGUCUCUUGUAAUCAGACUUUAACAAGCAAUUUCAUUUAUCCAUGCAAUAAAGAAAAACAAACAUCAUUAUCAUCAUCAUUGGCGCUACAGCCGAUGUAUAGCCCUGGCCUGGUCCAUCACAUCCAUUUCGGGAAAUCCAUGACUUUCCGCCUCCAUGCGCAAACCACCAACUGGUGUAAAUCCUUCUCCACAUUGUCGAUCUACCUCAGCCUUGGGCGACCAGUGAGUCGUCUGCCCUAGGUUUCUGCCUGUAUAUCACUUUUUCUGCUCUACAUUCCUGCAUCCUUUCAGUAUGACCUGCCCAGAGCAGUCUGCCCUUUUUAUUGUUGUGACUAUGGGUGGGUCUUUGUACAGUUGGUUUGUUCAGAUUCUUCAGACAUCAUUUUCCAUCAUUGGGCCAUAUAUUUUUCUGAGGAUUUUCCUCUCCCAUGUAUUGAGAAGGUUCUCUGCUUUUCUGGUAACGGUUAAAGUCUCACUAGCGUAAGUUACUACUGGUCUUAUGAUAGUGGUGUAUAAUGUCUUCUUUGUUCCCCUUGAGAGGUUUCCGCUUAUUUUAUUUUUAAUUAUUUAAAAUAAAAUAAUUAAUUAUCUUUAAUUAUUAAAAAAAAUUUCCCAGUAGCUUUUGUAGGCUAAAAUAGGAACGGUUGCGUGCUGUUAUCCUUUCUUUCACCUCCGACAUUAUUUCAUUGUUCUCAUUGUUCAUUUUAUAGUUGCCCCUAAAUAUUUGAAUGUGAUCACUCUCUCAAAUUUGUUGUUGUUUAUUUUGAUGUUAUCAUCAGCAUGGGAGUUUCUUGACAUUAUCAUAUAUUUUGUCUUUGGUUCAAUUACAUCAAGACCAUCUUUGACUGAGGCAUUUUCAAGUUCCCUGAAUGCUUUAAUUAUGUCAUUACUGUUUCUACCCAGUAACGCUAUAUCGCCUGCUUAUGACAGUUACUGCAAUGGCUGGCUAUAUAAGGUUCCUGAUGGUUGUUGUUCUGUAAUACCCCCCUGGAAGUAGUUUGUUAUGGUUCCACUGGUGCUCAAGUGUAUGCUUUUAUUAACUUUUUCUAACGUGACGUUAAACAGGAUACAUGACAGUGAAUCUCCUUGUCAGAGGCCCUGAUUAACUGGGAACUCCCUUGAGUAUUCUCCCUGCACCUUGAUAGUACUUUUGGAGUUAGCCAUCAUCAUAUGUAUGAACCAAGUAGCUUGUUAGGGACUCCAAGUUCUUGUAGAGCAUUGUAUAAGUAAUUCCUGUCCAUGCUAUCAUAUUCUGUUUUGUAAUCUACGUAUAGCUGGUGAAUGUCACUGUUAUAUUUAUAACAUUUCUCCAGGAGACAUCUCAUAGUUAAAAUAUGAUCUGUGGUUGAUCUAUUCUGCCGGAAUCCGCAUUGGUAGUCCCCUAGGAUCUGUUCACUAUACCUAGACCUGUUUACUCUUACGAUUUUGGCGUACAAUGUACGAUUUUAAGGUGUAUAGAUUGUAUAUACUGUUUAUUUUUUACUAUAAAUAUAACGUAUUGAAAGAUUUUGUGAUGAUAUUCUACGAUUUUAAGAGUUUGAGGGUAAACAGGUCUGCUAUACCUUUCCAGUUUUCUUGCUAUAAGUUUUGUGAGAAUUUUGUACAUUACAUUAGUUUGAGCAGACCAACUUAGAUCCAUUUUUGUGAAUUGGGAUUAUGAGUGCCCCAUUCUAUUGGCAUUUCUUCCUCCUGCCAGAUUCUGGAUAUGAGGUCGUGGAUUUGCCUAUGCAGUUCGUUACCAUCUAGCUUUAUCAGUUCUGCAGAGAUAAGAUCUAUUCCUGGGGCUUUGUUAUUUUUCAUGGUGAAGAUCACAUCUUUUAUUCCAUUUAAUGUUUGUUGGUUGACCAAUGGGUCCGGUCUUCCUUGUAGUAGAUCGUAAUUCUCAUUGGUUCCUGAGCCAUUCAGUAAGCCUUCAAAUUGUUGUGUCCAUUUCUCUAGUACUCUACUGCUCUCUGUGAUCAAUUUUCCACCCGUAUUUUCACAGAUGUAGGAUUUUGCCUGAAAGCCACUCGCUUUAUCUUCAGGUAUAUUUCCCUCACAACUCUUUCUUUUGCCAACUGCUAUCUCUACUAUUUUUUAUUUUUCCCUAACACAUUGUUUCUUUCUGCAAAUUUUGCUAGCCACCCUUCUUGUUUCAUUAAAUAAUUGCAGUGUUCUUCUUGUCUCCCUUUGCAGCAUCAUUAGCUGUGCUUUGUUUCUUUGUUCUUUAAGUUCUUUGCAUUCUGCUUCAUACCAUCCUGUUCUUUUAACUAUCGGUUUAAAUCCAUUAGUUUCCCCUGUUACACCUUUUACUAUUUGCUUCAUCUUUUCCCAUUGCUCGUUUGUAUCAGCGUUGCUGGCUGAUUCCCUUUUGGAUAAUUCUAGUUGAGUUUCAAUCAUAUGUUGAUAUUCCGGUCAAUGAGUACGUGGUCAAUUUGAUUACGGGUAAAUCCAUCUGGAGAUAUCCAUGUUACUUUAUGUAUUUGUUUGUGUUGGAAUAUUGUGCUACUGAUUGUCAUUCCUUUUCCGUUGGUGCUUGUGGGCAGAUUAACUGAUGUUAAACAUUUUUCCUCUUAUCCUCAUGAAGUAUAGUCUUUCACUCACUUAUUUAAAUCCAAUGACUGCAUUUACUGUGUCUCUUUUGACUGCAAACCUUGUUCCUAAGGUGUUUGUGUUGUUUCCACAGUAGAAUAUUGUAUACUUCUUAGUACUUAAUAUAUCUGAGUCUUUCUAUAUGAUCUCCUGCAGCGCCAAAUUACAAUUCUAUAUCUUAACAAUUCGUCACUGAGGCGGGCCAAUGCUCCCGCUCUGUAUAGACUAAGUACAUUCCAGGCUGCUAUCCGUAUAUCAUAUUUUUGUUCAGGCAUGGGUCAAAAUCCAAAAUUAUCAGUCCGUUUUUCUGUAUGUGGUUUAGCUUACGUAAUGCUUGCUUUUUUACAUGACAGAGUUGUCAGCCCAGCAAACAACCAUCUGGGGGGAUGCCCCUUGCAGCUCUCAGGGUAGCUGCCUUUGCAUUGGGUUGGGUCCCUAGCCUAUGUGGAUCCCUCCACUUCCUACAAGGCAGUAGGUACUGAUUUUGGUCCGCCCCGGCUAUUUCCCCAGUACCCACCAUAUCUGGUGGGCUGUCGCCUGUCCGCCACCUGGGGAGGCGCUCGUUAGAAGAUCAGUAUCUCCUCACAAUAUUACUUAUUUAUAGAAAAAUAAAUUUGUUUACUUAUCAUCACAUUAGGUUCGAAACAUCUCAGAAUUUGCUGUGGAGUUAGGUUUUAUUGUGGAAGAAUAUGCUGGCAGCAAAGGUAGAUUUCCACCAACCAAAAGACAGAGGAAGAAGUCAUUAUAUAUAGCAACCAUAGAGAAAGCCCAUUCACUGGUGAACAGUUUGAUAGAG